UACUGCGUACAGAAUCGAAAGAAUCGUUUAACCGGUAAUAGUUAUAUGAUCCAUCUUUGUGUUUUCAUACGGACCUUCAACGUUCUUGAAAUUUACUGGAUAUUGUGUUGCUAUAACUUCCAUCUUUGUUUAAACUAAUCGUACGGUGGCAUAUUCGAAACAUUUAAGGAAAGGCUAUGGAGAGAGAUGGGAAAGACAACCAUCAUCUGAUAAAUUUAGUAAUCAACGGACAAUGUGUUCUUCGCACAAAUUAUCGCUUGCUGAUGCAAAUUGCGCCUGAUUACUUUGGAUUAUUGUUCAGUCAGGAAAGCUAUACGGAAAAGGAACCAAAGGACAUCAGUCUAAUUCUUCCGGUCGAUGUGGACGUGAGUACAGCGAAGCGGCUUCUAGAGAAUUUGCUCAACAGCGAAGACCCCUUCGAUGAGCAUAAGACGGGAGUGCCGCUCGCUCAACUGUUGGUAACUGCUAACCACUUCGGCUUGGCGGAAAUUGCCGGUAAAUGCGCCGAACGUCUUGAGUUGAUAGUUAAUCGGGAUAAUUGCUGUUAUCUGUGGAAGUUGGCCAACUCCUGUGAUCAGCCGAAACUCGGCCGGCGCGCUGCCUCCGAAUUAUUUCAGUGCGAUCUGCACAGUCUCGGUACAUCGGAGACUUUUCUGGAAUACAGCAGGGAUGAAUUUUCAUGGUUCUUGUCCCAUGAAAGUCUGACGGCCCAAAACGAAAAAGAUAUAUUUAGCCUCAUCAUUUCGUGGUGCCAGUUCGAUAAAGGCUUGCGUUGGAAUGUGGACGUGUUCACAACAUUAUCAAAAUUACACUGGGAUCAGUUAGUCGAAGAUCUUGAUAGCCUAACAGGAAAAUCGCACGACCCAUUAUUGCUAUCGUCAUUAUAAAGGGCAGCGGCAUCGCAGGGUUUCUUCCUUUCGGCAAAUGCGCUUUCACUGAAGUAAGUAACUCCACAUUACCGACUUCCGAAGCGUGUCGUUAUAAUAUACGUAACCGAUAUGCCCACCCAAUUGGACCAGAGCGGAUCAGACAUUCAAACAAACCCAAACGGUGCGCAGCUAUACGCAUACUAUCCGCGCUGGAGGAAACUCCGGAAGGUCGAAUGGCCGUGGAAUGCGGAUGAUCUAGCGAACAGUUCGCAUCGGAUGAGCAAGUAUGCUGCAUGCACUGGCAGGGAGUUGAUCUUUCAGUGGUGGAGUGAACAAUGUCCGUGUUGCAUCUUCGAGGGGAAUCGCAUUAAGUGGGAAAACGGUAUCAACAGAGUGGUGCCGAAUCUUUCCAGUGUUUCUUCGUCGGCGCAUCAACGUCUGCCGCCCUGCGGUACGGUGGCGUUGGACCUAGGUACCAAAGCUUUCCGCCGCAUUACCACGCUGAAUUGUCUAGAUUUCGAUGCUCAACAGCCGGUAUUUAUUGACCAUUGUGUGUAUGGAUGCAACAAGCAAUGCCAGUUCCUAAAACAUGAUCUCCGAACUGGCUAUGUUCGGGGUCUGCCAUAUUUUGAGGGGAACCGUGACCUUGUCGCUGGGUGUCUUACGGUGAUCGGCAACCAAAUUACCCGCAUAACUUCCAACCAUACAAAAAUCAACGUCUUCAGCACACUCACUGAACAGUGGAGUUGCAGCCGCUGUCCCAAGACAAUCUUGCCACGCUCGAAUCCCGUAGCGGCUCUUUGCGGACCGUUUCUGUACAUGUCCGAAAACAGUCCGUGGGGCCUGGCGUACGCAGCACAUCCGGCUCCUCUCCAGCGUCUGGAUAUGCGCUCCGGAUUCUGGGAGCGAAUGCAGCCGCUUUCGGCACAUCAGCGUCGAAUUCUGGGGAUGUUUUCCUAUGGAGAUCACCUGCUGACCUUUGGAGAUGAGUUGAAUGCGGAUCGAGAAACCGUCAAGACUGUCCAAUGCUAUGAUGCGCACAACAGCCGUUGGGUGAACGAUAGCGUGUGCGAUUCGGCUGCUCAGUAUGCUCAUCCAUUUUGUACGACUUGUUGUUUUCACAUGGAGCUGUUGGACGUUUUAUAAAGUAGAAUACUUUUCGCACAAAAAUAUGGGCACCUUCAUAAUCGGUGAAAUUUACUGUGCGGUUUAAAAAGUAUGUGAUUACAGAAAAAAAAUCUGUGGGACUGGGCAUACCAUGUUCUUCACAGGUGAGACUGUAUAGUGUAUAGAAGUGCAGUCUUGCAGUAUGUACACCUGAUGAUCCAUCCUCAUCUAGUGUCUAGUAUACUGUUUUGACUGAUUACAGUGGAUGACAAAGAUAUUUUAA